AGAAAAUUCAAUGAAGUUAAGCCAUGGCACCUACAUGUGUUUGGCACCCAUUUUCCAUUUAAUAUUUAUCUUUUAGUAUUUACACUGAGAUUUACAUACGAUAUCCCAUGGUUAUAUUCUCACAUUGUAUCUGAUUUUCCCCAAAUUCUUGAUAAGAAUAUAUUCAGAUCUUUCUUGAUCUGAAAAUGGGGGUUUGUGGGUCAAAGCCCAAAGGGUGUGUGGGGAUGAAAGGGAAGCUGAAUUUGCAGAAAACACGCAGGAAGCAUAGAACAAGGAGGAUUAAAAAGGCCCAUUCUUCAGUUAGCAAAAACCGGGUCGAACCAUCUGACCCGAAAGAUCGAUCUUUCAACAAUCCUGCGUAUCAAGGAAAUAGCGAUUCGUGGUUCGAUACGGAUGGUGUGAUUGAAUCAGAUGGCGAUGAUGAAUUCUACAGUAUUCAAGAUGAUAUUUCUCAAGCUGGAUCCUUAUCCAAUAUCGUCACUCCAAGAUUCGCAAACCAAGUGCCGUGUGCUAACAACAUUGAUUCUCAGCCGAUUUGUGAUGAUCCUCAAACUGAGGUGAAAAAUUCAGCUUUAUUAGACAAAUCCUCGGCUCAAGUUGAGGGUGAAACUAUUAAUUGUGGUUUUAUAUCAAAUGCCUUGCUCCCUUGUAUUGCUUGUGACGAGUCUUUGGAAGGGAAAAAGAAAUCGGCUCUUUUAGGAGCAAAUGCAAAGCCCAUUAUACAAAGACCAAUAGCUGGUUCUCAGGUUUUGUGUUCCCCAUUAGAGAAGAAAACGUCCGAAAGUUGGUCACGAAUCGACCCAAACAACUUUAAAGUCCGUGGGAGAAACUAUACCAAAGAUAAAAAGAAAGAAUUUGCUCCAAAUAUGUCUGCAUAUGUCCCUUUUGGAGUGGAUAUUUUUUUAUCCUCAAGGAAAAUCACUCAUGUCGCUCGACAUGUGGAAUUGCCUGCCAUUUAUUCACACGAAGAAAUUCCUCCUAUUCUUAUUGUAAAUCUUCAGAUUCCACUUUAUCCUGCUGCAAUCUUCCAAAACGAAUACGAUGGGCCGGGAAUGAGUUUGGUUUUCUACUUUAAAGUGUCAGAAAAUUAUACGGAACUUCCUGUUCAUUUUCGAGAAAAUAUAAAGAGGAUAAUUGCAAAUGAAACAGAGAAAAUCAAAGGUUUCCCCAUGGACACAAAUGCACCCUACCGAGAAAGAUUAAAGAUAUUGGGCCGAGUGGUCAAUUUUGAGGAUCUUCAGUUAAGUUCGGCUGAGAGGAAGCUUAUGCAUGCUUAUAAUGAAAAACCAGUUCUUACACGUCCACAGCAUGAAUUUUACUCGGGAGAAAAUUACUUUGAAAUCGACUUGGAUAUACACAGAUUCAGUUACAUUGCGCGAAAAGGAUUCGAAACAUUUCAGGACAGAAUCAAGAACUGCGUGUUCGAUUUUGGCUUGACAAUUCAGGGGACCAAAGUGGAAGAUUUGCCCGAGUGCAUGUUGUGCUGUUUACGGCUCAAAGAAAUCGACUACACAAAAUAUUGCCAACUUAGUUUCUGAAAAAAGGGGGGAAAAAAAAGUACGGUAUGCCUCAAGAACGCAACAGUAAAAUUUCCCCACUCCUCGUGGGUUUGGCUGAUUGAUUAUUCUUCCCUGAUAUCUGAGUGUAUAGAUGCUCAAAAUUUCAUCUGUAUCAAAUUUAUAUAGAAAUUCCAUUUUUUUAAGUGGGUUUUUUAUGAAUAACACCAUUUUUAUUUCAAGAUUG